AUGUCGUCGUCAGUAAAUUCAGAUGAUGAGUCAGGUAGGCUUCAUACCUAUACAGGUAUCGAUGCGCAAGCUGAAAAGACAAUUAGAAAUUUGGCAAGAACACUUACCGCUCAAUCAUUGAAUAGUACAAACUCUAACAACAACAACAACAACAACUCUAAAGGUAAUGACGAUCCUGAAAAUCCUUCUUCUUUAAAUGAUCAUCAAUCUAUUUUCUCGAAUUUAGAAGGUAUCAAUCCUGUCUUCACUAAUCCGGAAGAAUCUGGUUAUGAUGAAAAAUUAGAUCCAACAAGUGAUUAUUUCUCAAGUACUGCUUGGGUUAAAAAUAUGGCACGUUUAGCUAAAGCUGAUCCAGAUUAUUAUAAACCUUAUUCAAUGGGCUGUGUUUGGAAAGAUUUAACUGCUUCAGGUACUUCUUCAGAUAUCGAAUAUCAAUCUACCGCUUUAAAUGCUCCAAUUAAAGCUCUAAGUUACUUAUAUAGAGAAGUUAAACCUGUUAACGAAGAAAACUCCUUCCAAAUCCUGAAAGAAAUGGAAGGUUGUAUUAAUCCAGGUGAAUUAGUAGUCGUCCUAGGUAGACCAGGGUCUGGUUGUACUACUCUUUUAAAAACUAUUUCUACUAAUACUCAUGGUUUCCAUGUCGGUAAAAAUUCCACUAUUUCCUAUUCUGGUUUCACUCCAAAGGAAAUUAUAAAACAUUAUCGUGGUGAAGUUGUCUAUAAUGCAGAAACUGAUAUUCAUUUACCUCAUUUAACAGUUUAUCAAACUCUUUAUACCGUCUCAAGAUUAAAAACACCUCAGAAUAGAAUUAAAGGUGUCGAUAGAGAUAGUUUUGCUAAACACAUUACAGAAGUCGCAAUGGCUACUUAUGGUCUUUCUCAUACUAGAGACACUAAAGUCGGUAACGAUUUAGUUAGAGGUGUCUCUGGUGGUGAACGUAAGCGUGUCUCUAUUGCUGAAGUCUCAAUUUGUGGUUCAAAAUUCCAAUGUUGGGAUAAUGCUACUAGAGGUUUGGAUUCUGCUACUGCUUUGGAAUUUAUUCGUGCUUUAAAGACUGACGCUACAACUGCUAACUCAUGUUCCACUGUCGCUAUCUACCAAUGUUCUCAAGACGCUUACGAUUUAUUCGAUAAAGUUUGUGUUCUUGAUCAAGGUUAUCAAAUUUACUUCGGUCCUGGUACUAAAGCUAAAGCUUAUUUCGAAAAGAUGGGUUAUGUUUCUCCAGAUAGACAAACUACUGCUGAUUUCUUAACUGCAGUUACCUCUCCAGCUGAAAGAAUCUUAAACGAAGAAUAUUUAAAGAAAGGUAUUUCCAUUCCACAAACUCCAGAAGAUAUGAACAAAUAUUGGAAACAAUCUCAAGAUUAUAAAGAUUUAAUGGGUGAAAUCGAUGAAAAAUUAAAUAAUAACGUUGAUGAUAGUCGUGAAUUAGUUAAAGAAGCUCAUAUUGCUAAACAAUCAAAUAGAUCAAGACCUUCUUCUCCUUAUACCGUAAAUUAUUUCCUUCAAGUUAAAUAUCUAUUAACAAGAAAUAUAUGGAGAAUUAAAAAUAAUCCCAGUGUUAAUUUAUUCAUGGUUUUUGGUAAUUCUUCAAUGGCUUUAAUCUUAGGUUCUAUGUUUUACAAAGUUAUGUUACAUGAAUCCACAGCAACUUUCUAUUUCAGAGGUUCUGCUAUGUUUUUUGCCAUUUUAUUCAACGCUUUCUCAUGUCUAUUAGAAAUUUUCACUUUAUAUGAAGCAAGACCUAUCACUGAAAAACAUAAGACUUAUUCUCUUUACCAUCCAAGUGCUGAUGCUUUUGCCUCUAUUAUUUCUGAAUUGCCUACUAAGGCUGCUAUUGCCGUUUGUUUCAACAUCAUUUUCUACUUCUUGGUUAAUUUCAAAAGAAAUGGUGGUAAUUUCUUCUUUUAUCUAUUAAUCAAUAUCGUCGCUGUCUUUUCCAUGUCCCAUAUGUUCAGAACUGUCGGUGCUGCUACUAGAACUUUAUCCGAAGCCAUGUUUCCAGCUUCUAUGUUAUUAUUGGCCAUGUCUAUGUAUACCGGUUUUGCUAUUCCAAAGACAAAGAUGCUUGGUUGGUCUGAGUGGAUCUGGUAUCUAAAUCCUUUGGCUUAUCUGUUUGAAUCUUUAAUGAUUAAUGAAUUCCAUGAUCGUGAUUUUACUUGUGCUCAAUACGUUCCUCAAGGUCCUGCUUAUGUCAACGCUACUGGUACCGAAAGGGUAUGUAUUUCCUUAGGUGCCGUUCCAGGUGAGGAUUUUGUUAAUGGUGACGAUUAUAUCAAGGCAAAUUAUGGUUAUGAACAUAAACAUAAAUGGCGUGGUUUUGGUGUUGGUAUGGCUUUUGCUAUUUUCUUUUUAGGUGCUUAUUUGGCUGUCUGUGAAUUUAAUGAAGGUGCUAAACAAAAGGGUGAAAUCUUAGUUUUCCCACAAAGUGUUAUCAGAAAGAUGAAAAAGACUGGUCAAUUACCUCAAAGAGCUCGUCCUGAUCAUAGAGAGGAAGAUCUUGAAAAGGGUACUACCGAUGAAUCAAGUGUUAAUGAUAAGAAACUUUUGGAAGAUUCAGAAAUCUCUUCAGAAGAAAAUAAAGAAGAAAGUGUUGGUCUAUCUAAAUCUACUGCAAUUUUCCACUGGAGAAACUUAUGUUACGAUGUUCAAAUCAAGGAUGAAACAAGAAGAAUUUUAAGUGAUGUCGACGGUUGGGUUAGACCUGGUACUUUAACUGCUUUAAUGGGUGCAUCUGGUGCUGGUAAGACUACUUUAUUGAAUUGUUUGGCUGAGAGAGUCACUAUGGGUACUAUUACUGGUGAUGUUUUCGUCGAUGGUAGACCUCGUGAUGAGUCCUUCCCAAGAUCUAUUGGUUAUUGUCAACAACAAGAUUUACAUUUAAGAACAUCUACUGUUAGAGAAUCUCUAAGAUUUUCUGCUUAUUUACGUCAACCAGCCGAUGUUUCUGUUGAAGAGAAAAAUUCUUAUGUCGAAGAAAUUAUUAAUAUCUUAGAAAUGGAUAACUACGCUGAUGCCAUUGUUGGUAUUCCUGGUGAAGGUUUAAAUGUCGAACAAAGAAAGAGAUUGACAAUUGGUGUCGAAUUGGCUGCCAAACCAAAACUUUUAGUUUUCUUAGAUGAACCUACUUCUGGUCUAGAUUCUCAAACCGCAUGGGCCAUUUGUCAAUUGAUGAGAAAGCUUGCCUCUCAUGGUCAAGCUAUUCUUUGUACUAUUCAUCAACCUUCUGCUAUUUUAAUGCAAGAAUUUGAUCGUUUAUUAUUCCUACAAAGAGGUGGUAAGACUGUUUACUUUGGUGAAUUAGGUCAUGGUUGUCAAAAGAUGAUUGAUUAUUUCGAAUCUAAUGGUUCCCACAAAUGUCCUCCAGAUGCUAAUCCUGCUGAAUGGAUGUUAGAAGUUGUCGGUGCUGCUCCUGGUUCUCACGCAAAUCAAGAUUAUUACGAGGUUUGGAGAAAUUCUGAUCACUUUAAGGCUGUUCACAAUGAAUUGGACCGUAUGGAAAAAGAACUUCCUGGGCAAGCUAAGGAAGAAGAUGAUCCAAGUGCUCACAAAGAAUUUGCUACUGCAAUUCCAUAUCAAAUCAACUUAGUUUCUGAACGUCUAUUCCAACAAUACUGGAGAUCUCCUCAAUAUCUAUGGUCUAAAUUUAUUUUAACUAUUUUCAAUAUGUUGUUCAUUGGUUUCACUUUCUUCAAGGCUAAUACAUCUCUUCAAGGUUUACAAAAUGAAAUGUUAGCCAUUUUCAUGUUUACUGUUAUUUUCAAUCCAUUGUUGCAACAAUACUUACCAAAUUUCGUGGAACAAAGAGAUUUGUACGAAGCUAGAGAAAGACCUUCGAGAACAUUCUCAUGGAAAGCUUUCAUUGUUUCUCAAAUUUUGGUUGAAGUCUUCUGGAACUUCUUAGCUGGUUCAUUGGCGUACUUCAUUUACUAUUAUGCUAUUGGUUUCUAUCACAACGCUUCUGUUGCUGGUCAAUUACAUGAAAGAGGUGCCUUAUUCUGGCUAUUCUCUACUGCUUUCUUUGUCUACUGUGGCUCCAUGGGUACUAUGGCUAUCUCUUUUAUUGAAAUUGCUGAAAAUGCUGCUAACAUGGCUUCUUUGAUGUUCACUAUAUGUCUAUCUUUCUGUGGUGUUAUGGUCACUAAGGAUGCUAUGCCAAGAUUUUGGAUUUUCAUGUUCAGAGUUUCUCCUCUAACUUAUAUGAUUGAAGCUUUAUUAGCUAUAGGUGUCGGUAAUGUUGAUAUUGUCUGUACCAAGAACGAAUUUGUCGAAUUUACUCCAGCCCCUGGUAUGACUUGUGGCGAAUACUUGGCCCCAUAUCUAGAAUAUGCUGGUACUGGUUAUCUAAGAGACAAUAACGCUACCGACGUAUGUGGUCUUUGUGAAUACUCUCAUACCAACGAUUAUUUGGCCACUGUUAACGCUGAAUACGACCAAAGAUGGAGAAAUUAUGGUAUUUUCAUUUGUUACAUUUUCAUUGACUUUGCUGCUGCUAUCUUAUUCUAUUAUUUGGCUAGAGUUCCUAAGAAGCAAAAAAAAUUAAAGACUGAAUAA